UCAGCCUCCGUUGUCAACAACGAUAAGCCAUCUUUUAAAAUGUGCCGGAGAUUGUUAUUCAUUUAUUUUCAAGGGCAGUCAAUCUCCGUCGAGCAGCGUGGAAAUCAACGCACUGCUCGCAAGGACAUCCAGAACCAGCGCAUCCAGAUCUGACCCGUAAGAAGAAGAAGCUUAAAAUCUUAUCUUACGGGCAUGAUGGCGUUCUCCACUUGUACCGCAUCUACGGACCCCUCGCCGUCAUCGUCCUUCAUUGCUAAAGCUAGCAAAGCACUGCUCAUCGCGUUGUGCUUUAAUUACAGUGUCGCUACUGCGAAACCGUUCGACUUCGAUAGCCUCAACUUUUGGUCGUCCUCGCCACCGGCCGAUAUCAAGCCCACCAUUAACAAUGUCACAUACUCGGGCAAUCCUAUCUUCCCUGGAUGGUAUGCCGAUCCUGACCCCCGCAUCUUCGAAGGCCAAUACUGGAUUUACCCAUCGCUGUCGCUGGACUACGACAAACAAACAUCCUUCGACGCCUUCUCGUCACCGGAUCUGGUGAACUGGACCAGACACGCACGCAUCCUCGACUUUGCCAAUGUGACCUGGUCAACAAAUAGAGCCGCGUGGGCGCCGACUGUGACAGAGAAGCAUGGAGUCUACUAUAUGUAUUUCUCGGCUGGAGAUGGUGCCGGUAUUGGUGUCGCAGUAUCGAGGACAGGGCCUGCCGGUCCCUUUAUAGAUGCGCUUGACGAGCCAUUGAUUCCGGAUGUUGAGAUGGGAGCCGAGCCUAUUGAUCCGGACGUGUUCAUUGAUGAUGACGGCCGUGCCUACCUCCUCUGGGGCGGUUGGUCCCAUGGACUAGGCGCGGAAUUGAGCUGGGAUAUGAUUUCUCUCAAGGCGCAGCCUGUAGAGCUCACGCCGCCUAAUUAUGUUGAGGCGCCUUAUAUGAUUAAGCGAAACGGGACGUACUACUACAUGUACAGUGUUGGAGGAUGGGGCGACAACUCUUACGGCGUGGAAUACGUGACAUCAACGACAUCGCCCCUAGGACCCUUCACCACAGCAGCCACCCACAUUCUCUUCCCAGACGCAAAAAUCGCCCAGGGUACUGGAAGCAGCGGGGUACUCAACAUCCCCGGCACUGACGACUGGUACAUCGUCUACCAUCGACGACCACUCGACGAUACCGCAGCUAACGAUCGCUACGUUUGCAUUGACAAGAUGGAGUUUAAUCCCGAUGGCUCCAUCAAACGCAUUAACAUCACGAAUGAAGGAGCCCCCUAUACACCCUUGGUUGCAUUCUGAGAUGAUUUGACGAACGGAGUUUUGAUUUGCCAAUGGGAAUCCUGUAUUAUAAAUGCAUAACGCUCUAACUAUAUAACCAUGCAAUCUAAUAGCAACC